AUCAUAAAUCCUAAAUCCUAAACCCUAAACUCAAAUACUAAACUCUAAACCUAAAACUUCAAAUCCUAAAUCCUAAACCCUAAAUCCUAAACCCUGAACCCAAACCUCUAAACCGUAAACCUAUCUGCUAGUUAAUAAGAUUAAGGUUUACGGGUUAGAGGUUUGGGUUUAGGGUUUGGGUUUAAGAUUUAAAGUUUGGGGUUUAGGGUUUGAGUUUAAGAUUUAAAGUUUUUGGUUUAGGGUUUAGAUUUUGGGAUUUAGGGUUUAUGGUUUAGAGUUUUGGAUUUAGGUUUUAGGGUUUAGAUUUUAGGAUUUAGGGUUUAUUGUGUAGAGUUUGAGUUUAGGGUUUAUGGUUUUAGAGUUUAAGUUUUUAGAAUUUAGAAUUUUACAGAUGGCGCUAAUUAAUGUCGGAAUUGUUUUUUUUUUUUCAGCUAUUUAAUUUUUUUUAUUUUUAUUACCUUUUAAAACUACUCCUACAAGUCACUUUGAUUGGUUAGAAAGAGUGGGAUGAAUUUAACCAACGUAAGUAUUGUUCUUCUUUGAUCAUCGGGAUAAAAUGUAAACAACAUUUUUUUAUCGAACACUUUCUUUUUCCAACACAAAUGUAAACAACAUAUACUUUAUAAGUUAUAAGUCAUUUUAGUGGGAGCUUUGUCACUUGAAAUAGUUUUUUUUGGGUCGAUGGUUAAUAACGCUAUUACAAACUAUGAGAAAUAUUACAAGACGAUUUUACAGCCGACAAUUCUACCUGCCUUAUGAAGAUUCACGUCUGACUGCAUCAUCCUGAGCCGUCUUAUGAGAUCCAUGCAUGACGGUACUCCUUGUAUCAUGCCGAAGAUCUCCUGUAUGCUUUUCUCCAUAAAUCUGCAUAAUUCGCCUUUGCUGGGAUUCGAAACUCAGACCUCUUGGUGUAGAAGCAUUAAUGAACCAUUACUCAAACCACUGGACAAAGGGAGCUUCCACCACUUGAAAUAGUUUGACCUACAAAAUUUCUGUUCAAUUGUUUUUGCUGUUCACGCUCUCCCUUAAAAAAAUAAUAAUUCGGAUUCAUAAGCUUAAGCAAAUAUCAUUUAAAAUAUUAUUAAAAUAUGAAAGUUAUUUAUAUCUACAUAUUAUAGAAUUUUAAUUUUACUUUUUCUUAGCCCCAUUUUUUUUUGUUGAUAAAGUUUAAGAUUAUAUUUAAAGUGUUUAAUACUAGAAAAAAAUUAACAAGAAAAUUUCAGAAUAAAAUAGUAAAAUCUUUCAAUUGUUCUUUUCAAAAUAGAAGAAAAAACAAAGUUGACUUUAGUAAGGAAAGACAUGAUAGCUUGUUUGAUGGUUUUUAGUAAACAAUUUAAAAAUCAUUCAAUGAUAUCCGCAUAAUGUAGAUUUAAUUCAGAAUAUAAAAAUUAUUUAUAUCUAGGCCUUGGCACGGAUCGGAUAUCUGGAUUUUUGAAGGUAUUUAUGAUUUGCUUCGUAUGUCAUUGAUAUCUAAUUUUUUGAUUUGUUUUGUUUCAAAAAAAUACGGAUAUUCGGAAAAACAGAUAUCCGAAAAAUAAAUAGAUAUUUGCGGAUAUUUACGAAUACUUACGGAUAUAUCAUAUGUUUUGAUUAAUACAAAUAAUCUUAAAAUUUUGAUACAAAUUUGUUUUGUAAAAUAUUUUUUUGCAUGAUAUAUAUGAUAAAAAUUAAAAGAAGUAUUGAAUCUACAUAUUUUGUAAAUUGUUUGAACUUAGUUAACAAUUAUAAUAACACAAAAGUUAACAAAAAAAUUAUAAUUGUCAUAAAUGUGUUAUCUUCCUUUUAUGUAAUACUUUCAUAUAAGUAAUAAUGUGAAUAUAAUUUAUCAAAUGAUAUGUUAGAAUAAUAAUUAUAUAAUUUUAUACAUUAAAAACUUUAAAUAUAAUCAAGAUAUACAUGUAUUUAUAUAUUGCCGGAUCGGAUCGGAUAUCCGCUUCCCAAAAUUUUAAUAUUUGUGAUUUGCUUCGAUAUUAACGGAUAUUGAUUUUUAGUAUUUGCUUUGCUUCGAAAGUCUACGGAUAUCCGGAAUUUUCGGAUCAAUUCGAAACGAAUAACGAAUCGAAUCAAAUCAAAUGUAACGGAUAAAAUGCCUAACCAUAUUUAUAUCUACAGAUUGUAGACUUUUUGUUUUACUUUGUCUUCUACCCUUUUAUUUUAUUUUUAAUUUUUUUUUUACUUCUCCCCAUUUUUUCUGUUGAUAAAGUUUAGGAUUAUAUUAAAAGUGAUUUAUACUUGAAAAAAUUAACAAGAAAAUUUCAGAAUAAAAUAGUAAAAAUCUUUCAAUUUUUUUCAAAAUAGAAGAAAAAACAAAGUUGACUUUAGUACGGAAAGACAUGAUAACUUGUCUUAUGCUUUAGUGAUAUCCAACUCGAGCUUUGGUAAAAAUUACAUAAGGACCUACGAACACUUCCAAUAAGAGUUUCUAACUUUGAGUUCCAUAUAUAUUAUUUAUUUGUUGGUAUUAUACAAUGUUGGGAAAUUCAGCAUAAAAUAUUUCAUAUUUUGAGAUACCCAAACACAAUGGUUUGUAAUAUUUAUGUUUUAUAAUAUUGAGAAUUUUUUUUCAAAACUCCUUAAUGAGAAUGCUCUAAGAGUGUUAUUAGUGGGAAAUAUUCUUUCUAAAAUAUUUCAGCUAUAUUUUGCUAUUAUCCUUCUAUUUCAUAGUUUAAGUUGUUUUAGCUGGAAAUACAAAUAUUUAAAAGUAGCAUUUAAUAUAUAAAAUAGAAUUAAUUAAAUCAAUGAUAAAAAUAUGCAUAACUUUAGAGUACUUCCAAUCAAUUGUUAUUUUUUUUAUCUCUAUGGCCUUGUUCGUUUUAUAUUUGAUGCAACAUCUAAAUGCGACAUUUGAAUACAACAUAUGUAUGUUGCAUCCAGAUGAAACAUCUAAAUGCUAUAUUGUUCACUUUGGAUUUUAAAAUAGCAUUUAAAUAUUAGUAGUUAAAUAACAUAAUUUAAAUUACUAAUAAUGAAUUAAUUAUAAUAUGUAGAAUAUUUAUAAAAUUAAUUUUGCAUUUUUUUUUGAUAAAACACGAUUUUGCGGUAUUGGCAGGAAAACUUAAUUUAGCGAUAUUGGCAGGAAAAAUCGAUUUUGUGGUUUCGGCGAAAGAAUUUGAUAUUUUAGUUUCGACGGAAAAACAUUAUUUUGCGGUUUUGAUGGGAAAACACAUUUUCAAUUAUGGCAGGAAAACUCAAAUUCUUCGAGUUUGGCAGAAAAACAUAAUUUUUUGGCAUCAGCGGGAAACACACAAAUUUUUGGUUUCGGAGUGAAACUUGAUUUUGCGGUUUUAGUUAAAAAAAUUCAAUUUUUUUUUUGAUUUUUGGCUAGAAAACUUGAACGGUUUCAGCAGAUAAACUUAAUUUUUUGUUUCAGCGAGAAACUCAAUUUUCAGUUUCGCGAGAACACGCAAUUUUGUAGUUUUUGUGGGAAAUGCAUUUUUUCGUUUUGAUGGAGAAAUAUAAUUAAGAAAUUUUUAUGAAAAGACUUGAUUUUUGGUUUUGGCGGGAAAACUUGAUUUCUGAUUUUGUCGAAAAACCUGACUUUCCGGUUUUUAUGGAAAAUUUUGAUUUCUGAUUAAAAAUAUUAUAUACUAAUAUCAUAAGCAAUAUAACAAAAUUUAAUAUUUGUAUUAAAAGGUAUUAAGUCUUUUGGAUUUUGAGAUGCAAAUGUAGAUUUCAAGCUCUACAUUUUGUUAAAUUUUAAAUAUCUAGCUAUUAUAGAUUUUGCAUCUAGAUGCUGAUGCAAUUAUGUCCAAAUACACAACAUCUGAAUAUUAAUUUGCAUUGAUAUGCAGUGUCUAGAUACAAAAACGAACAUGACCUAAAUACUAUAAUAGAGAAAAUUUACUCUAACCCACAUAUGUUUAUUUCCUACAUAGAGAUUGCUAUUUUCUUCUAUAUUUAAAAAAAAAUAGUAUUCUUUUAUUAUAGAGUCAUAUUUUUAUUUUCAUAAAUUUUCUUUCCCUUUUAACCUUUUAUAAUUAUAAGUAAAACAAAUAGUUAUAGAGAAAUACAAAUAUUCUAUACAGAUUUAAAAUACAAUUUUGUUUGCAUAAUAAUGUCUAGUUUGUAUUAUUAUUUUGUAUAAUGUACCUUUGUGUAAUAAAUGUUUAGUUUAAAUAGUAUUUUAGUUUUUUGAAAAUAUUAAGGUUAAUUUUUAAAUUUCAUAACUAUAAGGUAUUAGUUGUAAAAUCAAAAUAUAAUAUAUCAAAAAUAUUUCUUAUAGAAGAAAAAUAUAUUGUAAAUAAACACAUCACUUUUCUUAAAUUCGUCUAUAGUAGAAAAUAGGAUAAUACAUUGGAGAUAGUCCAAUUGGUUACAUAAUAUAUAUAUAUAUAUAUGAAAUACAAAAUGUCAAAACAACUUAUACUUUGAAACAAAAAUAAUAAUUCUAACACAACUUAUAUUAUGAAGUAAAAGGUGUUUACUAAAAAAAAUUAAAUUUUAAACUGUAAGAAUAUAAACUAGUGAGAUAUGGACAUUUUGAGAUUAUACAUAUAUAAUCUCUUAUAUUCUUUAAAAUUUCUUACAGAAACGUUUCUCAUUUUGUGUCUCUUUCAUACCUUUUAAUUUUUUAAUUACUUAUUUGGACAGAAACUGGGUAAGAUGAUGAUGUCCUAAAAUACAUUUAUAUCUGAAUAUUUAUCAAUUGUAGAAAAUAACAAAAAAAAAAGAAAGUAAAAAACAAAACAAAAGUGUAUGAAGCUACGCUCCUAGUCAAAGUUCAUAACAAAGUCGGUGGGAACCGGGCAUUCUUCAACAAGAAUAUCUAUGUCUGCAGAAUUCCAAGUUAAAAUUGGAUCGACUUAUAUGAAAGACCUAGAGACUCCUAUGUGGAGAGCUACGCUUUUAUAUAAUAGAAUAUAUUUACAGGUACUUAUCCCCUUAAAAGUGCGAUAGUUUAUUUAACUAGUUGGACCCAAAAAGAUGGAAUGAGUACAUGGAUAGCAAUUUGAUAGAUAUCAUGGAUACUAGCUAAUUAUAGUGAAUAAAAAUGAAAUGGACCAAAUCAUAUCCAGAGAAGCAAGAGAGUGAAAAUUUUAAGAUGUGGAUAUACCCUUAAGAUUCCGGAGACUUUGCUUCUUAGACAUCCUGUAUAAACUGGCGCCGUCUAAGCCACCACAAUCACCACGACCCCUCUCUCUCUGUCCCUCUCGAAUCUCGAUAUCAAUAGUUCUCUCUACUUCCUGCUCCUCCGCUCCUGUUCACGUAACGUACCGUAACGGUGAGAUUUUAACCACAAGUUUAUAAUAUUUCGUCAUUCAAAUUCACAAACAUAUAUGUAUAACCUAAGAUAUAGUUUGUAAAUUGUUAAAUUAUUUGAUCACUGAAGAUUAAACUCGGUUAACAAGACUUUUUGUAAGAUGGUAUUCAUAAAUUAAAGUUGUCAUAAUGUGUUAACACGUGCAAAGGCGAUACUUAAUCAGUUAAUAGACCGAAAAUGUAGAUUAGUAUUAGAAUAAGUAUAAAUGUAGAUUAGUAUAAAUAGAAACAAUACAGUUGAAAUAUCACUUCUGCUGGAUAAUGAUACGUUGAAAACCCCAUAUAGGUCACUUGUAUCUAGAAGGCAAAAUUUCAAUAUAUAAUACUAACUUUUAACUCCUGAAAGCAGGAGAGACAAUAAAAACUGAGAUGGCUGAACAACAACUAGGAGUGCUGAAGGCACUUGAUGUUGCGAAAACGCAACUUUACCAUUUCACGGCGAUUGUAAUAGCCGGAAUGGGUUUCUUCACAGAUGCUUAUGAUCUGUUUUGCGUGUCAUUGGUGACCAAGCUUCUUGGCCGCCUCUAUUACUUCAAUCCACUGUCAGAGAAGCCUGGCUCACUUCCCCCUCAUGUUGCGGCUGCGGUCAACGGUGUGGCUCUCUGUGGGACCCUUGCUGGUCAGCUAUUCUUUGGAUGGCUAGGUGACAAACUUGGUAGGAAAAAAGUGUAUGGUAUCACAUUGAUCAUGAUGAUCGUGUGCUCCGUUGCUUCUGGUCUCUCUUUCGGUAACAAAGCCAAGGGUGUCAUGACCACUCUUUGCUUCUUCAGGUUUUGGCUGGGAUUUGGUAUUGGAGGUGACUACCCUCUUUCUGCCACCAUUAUGUCUGAAUACGCUAACAAGAAGACCCGUGGUGCUUUCAUCGCUGCCGUGUUCGCCAUGCAAGGUGUCGGGAUCUUGGCUGGAGGUUUCGUGGCGCUUGCAGUAUCUUCCAUAUUUGACAAGAAAUUCCCAGCUCCAACAUAUGCAGUCAACAGGGCUCUCUCAACGCCUCCUCAAGCUGAUUAUAUUUGGAGAAUCAUCGUCAUGUUUGGUGCUCUACCCGCAGCCUUGACUUAUUACUGGCGUAUGAAAAUGCCAGAAACUGCUCGUUACACUGCUUUGGUUGCCAAGAACAUCAAACAGGCGACACAAGAUAUGUCCAAGGUUUUACAAGUGGAACUUGAGAUGGAGGAAAGAGCUGAAGAUAUCGUUCAAGACCCUAGACUUAACUAUGGCUUGUUCUCCAAGGAGUUCGCCAAACGACAUGGCCUUCCCCUCCUCGGAUGUACCUCGACUUGGUUUUUGCUUGACAUUGCCUUCUAUAGCCAAAACUUGUUCCAAAAGGAUAUUUUCUCCGCUAUCGGAUGGAUUCCAAAGGCAGCAACCAUGAACGGAAUCCACGAGGUUUUCAUGAUCGCCAGGGCACAAACCCUCAUUGCACUUUGCAGUACCGUCCCUGGUUACUGGUUCACGGUCGCGUUUAUUGAUAUUAUGGGAAGGUUUGCAAUCCAAUUAAUGGGAUUCUUCAUGAUGACCGUUUUUAUGUUUGCCAUUGCCUUUCCCUACGACCACUGGAUUAAACCGGACAACCGUAUCGGUUUCGUGGUCAUGUACUCCCUCACUUUCUUCUUUGCUAACUUUGGACCAAAUGCAACCACUUUCAUUGUCCCAGCCGAGAUCUUCCCUGCCAGGCUAAGGUCCACAUGCCAUGGUAUAUCAGCCGCAACAGGUAAGGCUGGAGCCAUUGUGGGAGCUUUCGGAUUCUUAUACGCAGCUCAGCCACAAGACAAGACCAAGACGGACGCAGGAUACCCACCGGGUAUUGGAGUCAAGAAUUCGUUGAUCAUGCUUGGUGUCAUUAACUUUGUUGGUAUGCUCUUCACCUUCCUCGUCCCUGAGCCCAAGGGCAAGUCCCUUGAAGAGCUCUCCGGAGAGACUGAAGUUGAAAAAUGAUUAAGGCGUCAUAUUUACAGUUAUUUUUAUUGCUUCCGGUUAACUAACUCUUGUUUAACAAUUUACUGUGUUUUGGGAUGCUUGAUCUGUUGUUUGUAUUGGUGCACCUCUGCAUUUUUAUUGUGUGACAAAAGUUUGAUCAAUCACUUGGUCAUAUUGCUAUGUUGAUUGCUUAUGUCCAUAACACGCUAUUAAUUUAUUUUUAAGUUUUUAUUAUUGUUAUGAUGUUUAUAUUUCGUUUAUACGUGUCUACAUCUUUGAAAACAUGAAUUUAUCCAUAUAGCUUAUGCAGGUAUCCGCAAAGAUCAUUUUUUAAUAUCAAAAUUAGUUUACAAGAGAAAUUAGUUUAAAUUAAAUGAUUUACCUGAAACUAAUAGAUAUGAUUUGGUCUGAGUUGGAUUAAUGGAUUGAAAAAUAUUUUCUAUGAUAUAUGAUAGAAACUAAGUCCCCUAAGACAUCAACUUACAUAUUAAAUGGAAAUACAUCUGCCAGUGUUCUUUCGGAUAUCUUUACGUAUAUCGAAUAUGCUUUGCUUUAACAAUGAUUUUGACUUUUGCCAAAUGAUAGCUAAUCUUCAUUGCUAUAUGUAUCCAGAUUGUCAAUCCUCAAACAUCAACUAUUAGAGUUGAACAACUAUUUUUCGAAUUGAAUAUAAAAUUUAUUCCAAUUAAAAAACGUUUAUCAACCUAUUAGAGUUAACCGAUUCUUUUUCGAAUUGAAUAUAAAAUUUACUCAAAUUAAAAAACGUUUUGUCACAUCAAGCGUGGUCCUUCUUUAGACUUAAAUAGACACAAAGCUUUAAUGUAAAGAAACUGAAACUUGAAGGAUCUGAACUUAGAUUAGCUUGAGCUGCAAACUAUGUUAGAAGAAUUAAAUGAUUCGACUACAAUGAAAAUGGAGAAAUAUGUAACCUCUUGACUUAUGUCGGCACUAAAAUACCUUAUAAUCAAAACUCCGCAUAAAACCAUAAAUGUUAGUAAAUUGUUCCGUAUGGGCUUGAGUUUCGGUACAAGUAGUUAACACGGUAGACCGUAACAGACGAUCGGUAAAUCUUUUAACAUUAGUUGAAAAGUAUACCAAACUCGAUUCAGACAAUGUAGUACGCUUUUGGGUUAGUCCACUCUGAAUCACUAAGUGCGUUCAUGUCUGGUCCGAACGGAUCAACCGGCAGGGCUUAUAAAAAAACCUAUAAAUGGUAAUAAUCCUUGUUUAAUUCUUUUCUUAAUUAAUUUAAGAGAAUGAUUGUUUAUAUUGCAGAAAGUAAUAACUGCGAAUUUGAAAUCAAUCAUCGUUUAUAUAUCUUAUAUAUUAAAACAAAA